CACAAGCGAAGGAGAAGCAGGAAGUGAGCGCGGGGUGGGAGGACACAUGAAGUGUGGAUGGUGUUUUGGUGUUCCAGUUACAUUUACUGUCCAGUUUCAGCUAACAGAGUUACUGACAUUCAUAACGAACCCGACUUUUAGCCAACAAAAAUGGAUAAAACCAACCUCUCUGUGGUGCUACACUCCCAAGGCGACCUGAGACUGGAACAUCGACCAAUACCUGAACCAGGACCAAAUGAGGUGUUACUCCAGAUGCACUCUGUCGGCAUUUGCGGGUCCGAUGUUCACUACUGGCAGCACGGCCGAAUUGGGGACUUCGUGGUGAAGAAGCCCAUGGUGCUCGGUCAUGAGGCCUCCGGUCGGGUCGUCAAGGUGGGCUCAGCCGUCACUCACCUCAAACCAGGGGACAGAGUUGCGGUAGAGCCUGGCGUGCCGCGGGAUAUGGACGAGUUCUUCAAAUCAGGACGGUACAAUCUUUCUCCGACGAUAUUCUUCUGCGCCACACCCCCCGAUGAUGGCAACCUUUGCCGGUACUACAAGCACAGCGCCAACUUCUGUUACAAGUUGCCAGAUAACGUGACAUUUGAGGAAGGAGCCCUGAUCGAGCCCCUGUCUGUGGGCAUCCAUGCCUGCCGCAGGGCAGGAGUCUCCCUGGGCAGCACUGUGAUGAUCUGCGGAGCAGGACCCAUUGGACUGGUGUGUCUGCUGGUUGCCAAAGCGAUGGGCGCCUCUCAGGUUGUAAUAACUGACCUCUCCUCGGAGAGGCUGGCCAUGGCGAAGGAGCUGGGGGCAGACUUUCCUCAGGAGGUGAAGAGGGAGGACACGGCUGAGCAGCUGGCCAAGAAAGUGGAGGAGCUCCUGGGGGCUCAGCCCCACGUCACCAUUGAGUGCACCGGCGUCCAGAGCAGUGUGCAGACCGCCAUCUAUGCCACGCGCUCCGGGGGUGUGGUAGUGCUGGUCGGGAUGGGGGCUGAGAUGACCACGGUCCCCCUCCUCAACGCUGCUAUCCGAGAGGUGGACAUCAGAGGGGUGUUCCGUUACUGCAACACCUGGCCCAUGGCGAUAGCGAUGCUGGCGUCUAAGAAGGUGAACGUUAAGCCUCUGGUGACUCACCGCUUCCCCCUGGAGCAGGCUGUGCAGGCCUUCGAGACCACACGCCAGGGCCUGGGGGUCAAGGUCAUGCUCAAGUGCGACGAGAACGACCAGAGCCCCUAAAUCUCUCCGAGGAUACGCCAUCUCCUUGGAAACCAACCCCUAACCCUAAACCAGAGGAGAACUCCACAGUUCAUCCCAUCCAGACAACUAAGUCACCAAGGCACUGGAAGACCUGCUGUUAAACUAGAGACAUAUAAGUGAGCAGUUGAGGGUAAAAAAUGAAAUUAGGAGAGACGUGUUUUCAUGUAGUUUGCCCCCCAAAACGUGGGUAAUUGAGUUUCGUAUUACAAGUUCAUUCUCCUACAAAUUGAUUAUUUACUUUUUAACAGCAAUCUCAACUCUUAAAACAGCAUUGAUUGGUCAAUAGUUUAUGACUGCUGCCUGUAAUCUUUUUUUUACUGGCUAUGUAAAGAAGUAUACUUAAAAAAUAUCCUUUAACAUUUUUUGUGAUACUAUAACAGAAAAGUAAUUUACUAACAUUAAGCUAUCCCCCUACACUGCAGUCAAACCCCAUAUCCAGUUCCACCAUAUUCUGUUGAAUAAAUCUGGUCUUUUGUUGUAA